CAAUCAUUCACUCCCACGACCAAUGUCCUCCAUCGCACGGCCACCAGACCCCUGCCUGGUAGCAAUCAUCCUCAUUGUCCGCUCCCGAGCCGGUCCGCGCUUCGUCUUCCACUACCCUCCCAACCCACUCAGCGAGAACGGGCUUCGAGGCGCGCCCAAAGCGCGCCGCACCUCGCGCACGAAAUCCAAAAGCAACGAUUCCAGCUCCAGCGAAUCCAGCAGCUCUUCCUCCUCAUCCGAAGACGAUGAGACCCAACCACCGAAUUCAACCCAGAACCAAUCGCAUAUUGCAGGGAGUCACCCCGUAGCGGGCAGACGGGGAAGUAACUUCGGUAUCGACGAUGGGACCAUCUCUGGUUCCCCGGGCGGGGAGUCUCAGCGGGCAGGCUCGGUCGGGUCCGGAAGGGGAUUGCUGAUGAUGCGGAAACGAGCGACGAAUUCUGAUGCCGAGGAUGAUGCAGGCGCGGCGUCGGAUCGGCAGGAGGAUGAGGCGGGACCGUAUCGUCCGCCGUGGGAGUCGCUGUUGGGACUUCCGGCGGAUGUGUGGGAGAAGCUACUGAGUCCGUCGCGAUCGUGGCAUAAGCGGCGGUUUGAGGUCGGGAUUAAUGAUUUGGCGUUUGUGGGGUGGCCGGUUUUUGUGCGCGAGGAUGGGACGUGGAGGAAACAGAGAAGGAAGAAGAGGAAGCCUCGCGCCACGUGGGAGGGGGGCGAGCUGGGACAUAAUGAGAAUCCUGGGGAUGAUGCGGAGGACGAUGUGCGUGAGGGGAGUGUGGAGUUGAUUGCUGCUUCUACGGAGACUUUGAGUCCGAAGCAGAUGGCGCCGUAUGAGUCGCAGCGGGCGUCGAUGCAGAGUGUGAGGUCGUUUAGGACGCUGAGUGAGGCGUUGGAUCCGGAUGAUAAGGAUUGCAUGACUAUGUUCAAUGUCGUGUUUGUGUUGGAUCCUCCUUUGUUGGAGUAUUCCAUGCGACUAAGGGAGAUUUACGACAAUAUCAUCAAGAAGUUUACGAAGGCGUUGAAGUGGGAGCAGGCCCGGACGGAUUAUGUUUGGAAGGAGGCGCAACAUAUUUCGCAUAUCAAGGAGAAGGCCAAGGAAAAGCGCAUGUCUGUCAACAACCUCUACUCGGAGCUGAUCAGCCAGUCCUCCCUCGCAAGAGCUAUCUGCACAGUGUUCACCAGUAUAUCGGCGUCCAAGAUUGCCUCAGUCACUUUGAAUGCAGACGUGUCUAUCUCACUCCAGAUACCACCUUUGACGUCAACGCCAUGGCUUCCGGGCCCUACUGACAAGGCAUAUCCGGGACUCUGGCUCACGACUGCAGACAGUGUCACUCCAGUUGAUGAUCCUACCGCUGACGAGAAUACUGCGCCCCAUCAGGUGCUCGCCAAGCACUUCGCCCUCUUAUUGCUGGACAAUGAAGCCGCGAUCCUCAAAGAUGUGGAAGCAUCCGGGGGUGCUCUGGCUCCGGCGCUUGCCCACUAUAUCCGAUGCUCGAAGCCAACGAAGUCGUUUGCGCAGAUAUCCGUAUCCUCCGGCAUCCCGCUCUCCACGAUCCAGAUGCUGGCUAGUCAUCUUGUGUACUGGAGAAGAGCGCGCGCCAUUCCCCCGCUCCAUCAACGAGAUACUUACGUUGUGUCGCCCAACUGCGACCUAAGCAAGUUGGAGGUAGCCACGGUAGCUUAUCAGGCCGCGUUCCCAACGCUACCCAGCCUCCCCAAGAUGCUGUCGGCUAUGAGCGGGACCCCUAGGCCCUAUGGAAGCUUUAUCCCCAGCAAAGACCACAAAGACACAUACUUCUCUAUAUUAGCGUGGUUGUUGCGAGGUGGCUGGGUCACUCAAUUGCGAGCCUUUGCGAGGGUCAAAGUAAGCCCCGAGAUCAAGAUGGCUGUGGAGACGGCGCUUCGACAGGAAGAAGUGGAUAAAUACCUGAGCAAAAGGAGCUCCAUGUCAGACGCCGAACAGCAAGAUGACAUCGAUGAUGCCGGUUCCUCUUCAUCGUCAUCACUUGGAAGCCACGGGAGCGGCGAUGAAACCCCGAUGCCAGGCCGGUAUAAACGGGACGACGAGCUCGACCUUUCCCACUCCUUAUUGGAUCGCAACACCUCCCUGAAGACAUCGUCGCUUGUUCUCUACCCACACCGUGCCUCGCCAUUAGAGACACGAUGGUUAGACGAGAUCAUGGCCCGAUUCCCCGAACGUCAGGGCGAGAUCCCUGAUGGGGACCUCGAAUACGCAGGACUUCAGACCACGCUAAAGAAGUACUGGCCGACCUUCACCAAAUACUUCAACGGAUACGACGCACUCGAGAAGAUCCCCGUGCGAGAGGGACUGAAGCGCAAGCUGGUCUGGCAGAUCCUCAUGCGCCUUGGAUUAGUGACCGGACAGCAGUCAUCCAUUCAACUGGACCCCAGAGAACAAGUUCUCGUCAGUGUCAGACAUUGGUAGACACGAUUCAUGAUCAUGGCUGAUAAUAUUCCCAAAUAAUACAACCACAUGCCCCUUCACACUACCUACCCAUAGUACAUAGAACAACUCAUUCAAACAUACCUUC